CUGGUAUCUGCUUUGCACAACCUCACCAGGCACGUCGUGUACCGUGGCUUGACAAGUGCAGACGAUAUCUUCACAAUCUUUNNCGAAAACUUCCACCAAAAUCUGAAAAACCUUCUGACUAAGAUAAUCUUGGAGAAUAUUUCUGCUUGGAGGAAUGAAGCACAAGCGAGUCAGAUCUCCCUGCCUCGACUGGUCGACAUGGACUGGAGGAUGGACAUCAAGACAUCUUCAGACAGCAUCAGCAGAAUGGCAGUUCCUACUUGCCUGCUUCAGUUAAAGACGCAGGAAGAUGUUGCCUUAUGUGGAAAUAGUCCUGUUGUCUCUGCACUGACUGUGGAACUGAGCAAAGAAACCUUGGACACUAUGUUAGAAGGUCUGGGAAGAAUCCGGGACCAACUUUCUGCUGUUGCAAACAAAUGAAUACUCAAGGAUAUGGAUUCCAGCAGUGAGGAAGGGAAGUAUUCUCCACCUAUAGCUCUCACAAGUGGCAGCCUAGCAUAAGAUGUUUCCUGUUGUAACAAAACAAUAUCAAAGAGAUUUCUUGAUUGAGUUAGGAUAGCUUUUGAAAAGCUAACACUUAAACCUUCCUUUGGUCUG